AGAACUUCCUUCUUCAAUAUUAUCAAGUGAAAACGAACUGUUCUUGUGCCUACACAAGGACCUCUGACGAAGCCGCCCGGCAACAUCGCCGAAAAGAUGUCAACCAUGAAAAGACGUUACGAAGAUCGGACGGCCAUUCUAGAUCCAGAACAGUACAAAGUCGCCUGGAUUGCCCCCCUCGAGAUUGAAGCAAGAGCUGCUUUGUGUCUGCUGGAUGAAAGACAUCACGGUCGGUUUCCCGUCAGCCGCGGUGAUGACUAUAUUUUUGAAGCUGGUGUCAUGGGUGGUCACAACAUCGUUAUAGCGACUCUGCCGGCGGGUCAAGAAUAUGGCAACGGUUCUGCAGCCGCACUCGCCAGUCAGCUCAAAAAGUGCUUUCCUAAUCUUUGGUUUGGGCUGCUUGUUGGCGUGGCGGCGGGAUUGCCUAGUAUCAGUCGAGGUCGUGAUAUCCGACUUGGCGAUAUUCUCGUCGGUCUUCCCGAUGGUAAUAGUGCAGGGCUGAUUGCGUAUGACCUUGGAAAGGAAACUGAGGAUGGCUUUGAGUUGCUACGUCAUGGCCACAGUCUCGCAAUGGCUGAGCCUAUCGUUCGGUCGGCCAUAGGGAACAUUAAGCUUCUAGCGCCCAAGGAAAGUGAGGUCUUCUUGCCAUAUUACGAGAAGAUUGCGAAUCUAGAUCAUGCCACGGGAACAUUUGCCGACCCUGGGCAAGACAACGACAUUCUGUACGACGAUGAGAGCCAAAUGAUUCAGCGCUCUUCACGACCAGCACAUAUACGAUCCUGCGUCUGGUAUGGCCCCAUUGGAUCGGGUGACAAACUGUUGAAGAAUGCCGAGAAACGAAACUUAUUAAGAGACAAAUACGAUAUUAUCGGGUUGGAAAUGGAGGCAGCAGGAACCAUCAACAGAAUCCCUGUGGGCAUCAUCCGAGGGGUUUGCGAUUAUGGCGAUCGACACAAGAAUAAGAGCUGGCAGCCAUAUGCCGCAGCUAUGGCUGCUUCAUAUGCUAGAGCGCUACUUGAUGUCAUCAGGCCCUCUUUGCCAUCCGCCUCAGAUCCCAGAUCAGAAGUCAACCAGCAACAGAGGAUAGCCGGAAGACUUCCAGAGCCAUGUUACUAUAUGCCGCUGAUGAAGAAUAGACGCUUCACUGGACGGCGAUCAGUCUUGCAAGCAUUAGAAGAGAUGGCCUUUGGCCAGGAACAAGUUAACCGGAUUGCACUUGUCGGACUAGGCGGCGUUGGUAAGACGCAAAUAGCCCUGCAAUUUGCCCACGAGGUCAAAGAGAAACACCCACAUUACUCUAUCUUCUGGGUACCAACAUUGAGUAACGAAGGUGCUGAGCGUGCCUACGCGGAGAUUGCCAAAAGACUAAGGGUGCAGAAGACCGAUGACAGUGAUGACGUGAAGGAGCUUGUUUGCCAGCAUCUCGGAUCAGGUAACGCUGGUAAAUGGCUCCUGAUUGUGGAUAAUGCAGACGACCCAGAUCUCAUACUUGGAACUGAACAGAAGCGUGGCCUGGAAGAGUAUCUCCCGCUGAGCGAUAACGGCGUGGUUUUGAUCACGACACGGACUCGCCAGAUCGCUGUCGAUCUUGCCCAGUCAGACGUGCUCGAUGUGCAGGAAAUGGACAGAGAAGAGGCCAUUCACCUCUUCACAACAUCCCUCAUUCAGAAGCCGCAAACUGGCAACGAAGAACUGGUCCUCGAACUGCUCACAAAACUUACAUUCCUUCCAUUGGCCAUCGCUCAGGCCUCUGCGUACCUGAACAAAAACAAAGCGCCCAUACGAGCUUACCUGAAGCUUCUUGAGGGCGCUGAGUCUGAAGUUUCAAAAGUCUUUGGUAGGGAAUUUGGAGAUAAUACACGAUACAAAGGUACCCAAAACGCUAUAGGAACAACAUGGAUUGUGUCUUUUGAUCAAAUCCAAAAGUUAGACCCUCUUGCGGUUGACUUGCUAUCGUUUAUAUCCUACAUCGAACCAAAAGCAAUUCCACAGUCCAUUCUACCUGUAGCAGCACCUGCAGAGUUCGAGUCGGCUAUCGGAACACUUUGCAGUUACUCCUUUCUAGCUCGUAGAGAGGAAGCUGACACAUUCGACAUGCAUAGCCUCGUGCAUACGGCAACAAGAGACUGGCUUCAUAAAGAUGAACGCGGGAGGCAGUCUUUCCAAGAUGCGAUAUCUCAUCUUGCAGCAAGAUUCCCUGUAGAAGGUGAUUUUCACUACACUUUACGAUCAGAGUAUGUUCCACAUGCAAUGCGGUUGUUGAGUCGCAAUGAUCAGGAGAGGGGCGAUGACACAUAUACCCUCCUCGAGAAGCUUGGUUGGUCGUUUGCGCGGGAUAGGCGAUUUAAAGAAUCAAGUGAAUGCGCAGAGGAGGUAUUUAAGUGGAGAAGAGGCUUUUUGCCAGAAACAGAUCUGCUUCGGUUAAGAGCAGAGACUACUCUUGGGAUUGCAUAUGCUGAUCGCCGACAAUUUGAAGAGGCUACCGAAAUACUAAGUCACGUUGUCAAGACUCAAUCGGGAAUACUCGCAGAAGAUGAACCCCUUCGCUUGUUAGCAGAACACGCACUGGCAUCCGCAUACAUGAACGUUGAACGAGUCGAAGAUGCGAUCGAGAUCUUUGAGCACAUUGUAGAUGUCGAAAAGCAUCUAGAUGAGGAAGACGAUUCUCGACUGUCGUCGAAGAAAGGACUGGCAGAUGCAUAUCUUGCAAAUGGUCAAAGAGAAGAAGCUAUCGAUAUAUUACAGCACAUCAUCAAAGUUCGAAAGAGAACGCAAUAUAACAACUUUGACUGUCUGGCGUGCCACUACUCACUCGGAACCGCCCUUUUGGGAAGUGGGCAGACUGAAAAUGCAAUCGAGAUAUUCGAGCGGUUGCAGGUAACUGGUAUGGAGACACUUGAGGAGAGUGACCAAUUGCGGCUGGCAAAUGAAAGCAGCCUCGGAAGGGCCUUUCUACAAUUGGGCCGAAUCAAGGAUGCAGUCCCCAUUUUUGAGCAUGUUAUUGAAAUUGAGAGGCGAAUCUUGCCAGAGAAUGAUUCUUCUCUCUUGGCAUCAGAGCAGGACCUUGCACAUGCAUAUCUAGUUGACGGGCGAACACUAGAUGCGAUCAACAUAUUGGAGCAUGUGGUAGGAUUCAACAGGAGGACAUUGCCAGAGAACGAUCAAUGGCGCUUAGCAUCAGAGCGCGACCUGGCAGCUGCAUAUCAGAAAGUUGGACGGACCCGGGAAGCCAUUGAGAUUUUGGAGCGUGCUGUUUCGGCAAAAACGGACAUGCUGGCGUAUAACGACCCCUAUCGACAAGAGUUUAGACGCUUACUGCUAGACUGUCAUGACAAACUGAAGGAGGCUGACAAUUAAGAUAACAAAAGCAAUAUUUAGACAACAAGCCCAACAGAACCCAUAGGACAAGCAAACCGCCCAGCCAGCUCGCUUUUGGAUGCUAGCGUCGGGCGAAGUGUAUAAAACUUUUACUUUCCCUGAGCCAUUACGAUCUAUACUGGAG